CCUCUUACACGGGAGAGAAGACACGCAGCAGCGCCACAGCCGUGGAGGAAAGUGAUUUUACCAGCGGAUAUUAGAGACUACUAGAGAGACCACUUGAAGAACAGUUUUACCUCGGAUACUUGCGCGAUCUGUGAGGCUCUCCUGUAACCAUGGGGGACGUGGUGUCUGCUCACCUGGAUGAGAGCAGGAGGGAGAUGAUAACAGCUCGGACAGGAGGCGUGAUCAGAGACUUCAGUGACGUGUACGAGCAGCAGUACGCAGUCGCUCUGUUCAACAGCGUUCGCUAUGAGAUAGAAGGAGGAGGAGGACCGCAGUCGCAGCUGCUUCACAGGAAGGACCCCUUAGCAGGCCGCUCCAUCUUCUCUGGGAGUCUGUUUCAGUAUCAGGAGGAGAGUCGGAAGUGGAGGAAUCGCUUUGUUUCGGUGCCCGACAGCUACAUCAUCGGCCUCUAUGAGAGCAAAACAUCACAUGACAGGGGCCUUCACCCGAAAGUAUCUAUCAACUGUGCUGGGUACAAGGCCCUGACCUCGAUGGAGGAAUACAUGGAGCUGAUUAACACCAGCCUACCAGAUAUCAAAGCCAAAGUGGCGAGUAAUCCUUUUAUCAAGUGUGCGAGCCAGUUCCCCCUCAUCCUAUGGCACCCGUACGCCCGCCACCACUACUUCUGUGUGAUGACGGAGAAGGAGCAGACGAAGUGGCACGCAGUACUGCAGGACUGUGUCAGACACAGUAACAACGGUCUGUCAGAGGACUGCAGCGUUCAGACACCAGCCUUCACGGACUCUGUGAGACUCUUCAGACAAGCUAAAGGAAACUACGGCACAUGGGAUAUGAUGUGCGGAAAGCCCCCACAGAUUCUUGCUAAUCUGGUGAUGGAGACCCUCCACCCAGAGCUGAGAAGCCUUAUCGGACCUCGUCUGAGGGGGAAGAUGCAGCAGAGGCAGCGGCAUUGGAUGUUGAUCUCUGACGCAGUGUACAAGCAGGUGCUGACUCAGACCAGCUUUCAGUACGACGCGCUGGUGGAUUCUUGCGAGGCCCAGAGAGCUCCACUGGACGCCAGACUGCGAACCGACAUGGACCAGAUGAUCACGUCUAAAGAGCACGUCAGCGGCAAGAUACGAGCUCUGGUGUUGCCCAAGGCGGAGCAAACACUAAGGGCGAACGUGCAGCCGUACAUCAGCUCCAUCCUGGAGGCCCUGAUGGAGCCCACCAGCCGAGGGUUCUCCGAGGUCAGGGACGUGUUCUUCAGGGAGAUGGUGGAGAUCAGCAAGAACUCGCUCAACGGAGGGGGCAAAGACAAACUGGGAGACAACAUGGAGAGGCUGUCCAUGCUCGCCUUCCACCCGGUGAAGAUGCAGAGCUGCUACGAGAAGGUGGAGCAGCUGAACCUGGACGGGCUGCAGCAGAGGUUCGACGUGGCCAGCCCCUCGGUGUUCGUCAGCAGGGCUCAGAUCCUCAUGAGAGAGCAAAUGGACAAUGCGGUGUACACAUUUGAGCAACUGCUCCACCAGUCUUUGGAGACCAAGGGAGAAGAGGACAUGUGCAAGACCAUGCAGUGCUGCCAGGACAGGGUUCUCAAGAAAUAUGAUUACGACAGCAGCACAGUGCGCAAGAAGUUCUUCAGAGAGGCUCUGCUGCAGAUCAUCAUCCCGUACAUGCUGAAGCAGCUGUCGCCUGCCUGCUUACCUGAGCUGCCUCGCUUCAAAGAGCUUAUCUUUGAGGACUUCUCCCGUUUCCUGCUGGUGGAAAAUAUGUUUGAGGAGUUGGUGCUGCAGUCAGUCUCCAAGGACAUCAUGAUGGCUGUGAAGGAGGCCGCGGUCCAGAGGAGACACAACCUGUACAGAGACAGCAUGAUUCUGACCAACAGCGACCCCAACCUGCACCUGCUGGGAGAGAGCUCUGCGGUGGACUGGGCUGCCGAAUUUGGGGCCGAUGAGCCCGAGGUUCCGGCUGGGGGCGACGGCGUUAAAGGAGGGGGUUUUGCGAGCAGGCGCCGGCAGGUGGUCUCCAUGAUCCAGCUGGACGGGCUGCCUCUGCCCUUCGAGUCCUGCAUGGAGGUCCCAGGCGUGGAGCUCAUCCCCGAGGAGGACGGCGAGAUGUGUGAGGGCGAGGAAGAGGAGGACCUCGGCCCGUCGGAGGACCCCAAAUCUCCUGACAGCGUGAAUGAAAUCAGGGGUCUGAUCAACCCGGUGGUGGCGUUGGGGCUUCCGGUUGUAGAGGAGACCAAGAGCGACAUCACCAACGGGACGGAGCCAACAACGGGCACCGUGACCCUGGAGGACAGUGUGCAGAUGAAUGUCACACACGUCACCACCGUGCGAGAGGACGUCCCAUUGAAGUCUCCCAGAGAUAAGACGUCCCCGCAGACAAUUCUCAAGGAGCUGGUGGGAAGAAAGAAGCAGGAAGUGGAUACGGAGGAAGCGGCCAUCCAGAACGCCAUCGAGGAAAUCGAGAUAGCGGUGCAGGAAGAUGACAGCGAAAAGAUUGCAGAAGUGUCCACAGCGGAAUCAGAUAACGAGUCGUCUCCAGCACCACAGGUGGUCACAGACUCGAGCUUGCAGAACGACAGCGGCUUCCAGUCGCAAGCCAAUGAGGGGCAGGAAGAAGACGAGCCUCAGCCAAUCACAAAUGGUCUGAACGGAGAGGACACAAUUAUUGAUCCGAUGGAUGUGGAAGUUAUUUUAGCGUAGGAAGACAAUCCUCCGAACAGAACUCUAGAACUGGAGAGUGCAUCACAUGCAAUGGGAGAGAAUGAAUAGGGACAGUUUGCAAGGUAUCAAAGGACUAGUUCACCCCCAAGAUAAUCAUUUGUUUACUCAUUAACAAAAAAAUAUAUUAGCAUACCUCCAUGGGAAGCAUAAAUCCCAGCUCUUAUAGCAACUUUCUUAUUUUAUUUUUUAUUUUGAAGUAGUUUCGCUGUGGUUAAACCUGGUUCCCAUUUACUUAAAUUCUUUAAGAUAUUUCUCAGUUUAACUCCUUGUGACGGCCUGCGAGAAAAGCACAAUUUUCUUCAAGUACUCAAGGUAUACAUACAUAGUAAUUUAUAAACAAAUGAUCAUUUUGGGGGACAAAUAUUCCUUGAAGUUGAAGUGCAUUGUUGUUAAUAUUGCACACUCCACAACCAGCUCUCCCAUCCGCCUCUUAACUAUAUAAUAUUUGGUGAUUGGUUUCUUUCUGUGCAACUUAUCGAGUCUCAAUGCAGAUUUCUUCAAGACACUGCUCGUUUAUGCUAUGUAAACAUGCUAAGGAUCCAAUACAAGGAUCAGGGAAGUGGUAAUAAACAACUAACUUAUUGAUGUUUUCAAGUUAUACUACAGGUAUUUUUUUCUCUAUGUUUUGCUUUCUUAUGCACAGCCUCUACCUGGGCAGCAGGGGGUGCUACAAUCAACCUUUGGAUGUUGUGUGGGGAAUUGUUUUUAUUAUUUUUAAAUAAUAGUAUCUAUUUUUAUAAAAUGUAAUUUUCUUAUGCAGUUCUUUGAAAUAUUUUCCUGUAUUCACAAAUGGCCAUUAUGUUUCAACACUAAAUAUUUAGUCAAAAAUGAUUUGCACUUCCAGAAUGGUCUUCGGUUUCCCAAAUAUUACUGAUUUCUUAAUUUAUAAUGACAAUCCAGUGGCAAUUUUUCUUCAAAGCCAAUAUUUUCUAAUAUAAAAUGAUAAUGUUUAACCUGGGGGAAAUGGAUGAGGUCUCAAUUCCUUAUCGGAAUACAAAAAUUAUGUAAACCUUUACAUAUGAAACUUUUAAUUCCUGCAAAAUGUCAUAGAAAAGUUCCUGAAAAAGAAUAAUUUUAUAUUGUACAAAGCGUAGGGAUAUUAGAUUCUACAAAUAUAUUGAAUACAAGGCCAUAAACUUCACGUUGUCCAUGCUCUGCUGACCUGCCAUGCGUCAACUGAUGGCCCUUUUAAGUCAAAUGUUCCCAUCAGUAACACUCUUCAAAAUACAUUUCAGUAAAAGCAAGAGGGGGACAAGAAAGGACAUUUUUGUAAAUAAAGUACAAACAUAUCAUUUAAUGUCUUAAUUUUUUAUUAGAAUUAGUACCAAAUGACAUUUCUUUGCAGGAACAUCUUUUAAAAAAAUUGCAAUUACAUAUCAAUUUAUUUUCAAAUGAAAUUAGGGAAAACUUUUAACUCUCAUUUUUAUGAUUCAGUGACCUGUAAUCAAAUCACUCACUGUAUCAAAGGCACAUUUAGAGUUGUUCCUUCCAAUGCAACAAACUGUCCAUCACCUUCUCCUGUUUAUUUAUUACAAGUAUCCGUCUGUGGUGUGAGCAGCUGUUUGUCUAGUGCCUUUCCCUUCUUGCAAUAAACUGUAUAUACAUAUACAAAUAUGGAUGAAUAAAACUAUUUCAUCAACUUUA